AUGGGCCCUGUCGCGCAUACUCGAUCUAACGGUGAACGUGAACGUGUACAAUCCUAUGCGGGCGGGGUGCCACGUGCGAGUACCGCGAGAGAUUCAAAUGAAGAGAGCGGUGGUCAACGUGCGAUCCGACGACGAGGCGUGUUUCGCGUGGUCGGUGGUCGCCGCUCUGUAUCCCGUGGAUACACUGCGAGAGAAGCUCCGCAUUACUCCGAGGUGUUGAAUCUGGAGGGCUCGAAGUUACCUAUGACUUUGAACGGAAUCGGACGGUUCGAGCGUCUGAACGAUAUAUCGGUGAACGUGUACACCGUCGGAGAGAGACGACGCGGGAAGGACGGUGACGGCGGGAUUCGCAUCGUCCCUCUUCGUCUGACGGAUCGAAAGAGGGAGAGACACGUCAAUCUGCUGUAUCUGAGCGAUGCGAUGCGCGAGGGUAACGCGGUCGGACAUUUCGCCUGUAUUCGAGAUCUGUCUCGUCUGAUCGGCUCGCAGUUGAGCAAGCGACAGCACAGGACGUACGUGUGCGAUCGAUGCAUGCAUUACUUUCGCACGAGCGAGAAGCUGUCGGCGCACAGCGAGGAUUGUGGCGAGCUGAACGAUUGCGCGAUCGUUCUUCCCGGCGAGGACGACAGGUGGCUGGAGUUCGAGCAUCAUUCGAGAAAGGAGCGAAUUCCGUUCGCGGUGUACGCCGAUCUGGAGUGCGCGUUGGAGAGGAAAGAGGGGGACGAGGGCGGGAGAACCAAGAAUACGCGGAUCGUUCAGCAUCACAGAGUUCACAGCGUGGCCUAUUACACGCGUUGCUCCUUCGACGACGCCUCGUCGGCGUACGGAUCUUACCGCGGCGAGGAUUGCGGCGCGUGGUUCGUGCGCGAGCUGCGCGAUCUGGCGCUUCGCGCGAAGGUCGCCCUCGACGCCGUGGUACCGAUGGCGGAUCUGACGUCUGACGAGCGGGAGAUAUUCGCGGGCGCGUCGCGCUGUCACGCGUGCGAGAGACCGUUCGAGGCCGACGACGCUCACGUGCGCGAUCACUGUCACUUGACCGGCCGUUUCAGAGGUCCGGCGCAUUCCGCGUGUAAUUUGAAUUACAAGGACCCCUAUGUCAUACCCGAUGUGGCUAACGCGUAUCCCGGCAGCGUCGAGUUGUUGCCGGUGACGAAGGAAUCGUACAUAACUUUCUCUAAGACCGUUCGAGAUAGCGCGGCGGCGGCGGAGGGAGACGGGGGAAACGUCGCGCGUUCCAGAUACGUCACAUUACGAUUCGUGGACUCGUUCAAGUUUUUAGGCGCCGGUCUCGAUAAGCUGGCGUCGUAUCUCGACGAGAGCAAACUGACGAUCGCGCGAGGCGAGUUUCGCGAUCUCUCGGACGACGACUUCCGGCUUCUCACGCGCAAGGGCGUGUUUCCGUACGAGUACGUCGACAGCGUCGAAAGAUUGCGGGAGACGCGUCUCCCGCCACGCGAGUCCUUCUACAGUUCUCUGACCGGCGACACCGUAUCGGAGAGCGAUUACGCGCACGCGACGCGCGUCUGGAAGCGAUUCGGCAUUGAAAAUCUAGGCGAGUACAGCGAUCUCUAUCUGAAGACCGACGUUCUUCUGCUCGCGGACGUGUUCGAAAAUUUUCGCUCCGCUUGUUUGGAGAGUUACGGUUUAGAUCCCGCGUACUACUUUACGUUGCCGGGAUACACGUGGGACGCGAUGCUUAAAUACACGGGGGUCCGUUUCGAGCUGCUCACCGAUAUCGAUAUGAUGAUGUUCGUGGAACGCGGAAUACGCGGCGGUCUGAGUCAGUGCUCCAACAGAUACGCUCGCGCUAACAACAAGAGCGCGUAUCCGUCGCGACCGUCGAUCUAUCUGAUGUAUCUCGAUAUCAACAAUCUGUACGGUUGGGCGAUGUGUCAGCCGUUGCCGUACGAGCGAUUCGAGUGGGUCUACGACCUCGAGAGUCUCGACGUGAUGUCCGUGACGGAGGACUCGACCGUCGGCUACAUUCUCGAGGUCGAUCUCGACUAUCCGGCCGACGCGCACGACGCCCACGCCGAUCUACCGUUUUGUCCCACGCGCGAUAAGCCGCCGGGGAAGCGGCAGAGCAAACUCCUAGCCACGCUGUACGAUAAGCGCCGAUACGUCACGCACUAUCACAAUCUGCAGCAGUGCGUUCGUCACGGUCUGCGUCUGACUAGGAUUCAUCGCGCGCUGCGCUUCUCGCAGUCGCCGUGGUUACGCGGAUACGUGGAACUUAACACGCGUUUACGCACUAACGCGAGUAACAAUUUCGAGAAGAAUCUGUACAAGUUGAUGAACAACGCCGUCUUCGGCAAGACCAUGGAGAACGUGCGCAAUCGCGUGGACGUUCGACUCGCGACUCGAUGGGACGGUCGAUUCGGAGCCGAGGCGCUCAUCUCCAAGCCGAAUUUUCAGUAG